CCUCUCUUCUAGCGCCUGUGGCUAAAAGCCUCGGGGCGAAUAUGCACCCUGGCAUGGGAGUGUCAGCGGGUGAUCGUCGCUACGGCGAAAAUACGGUGAUGCAGUCCGGGAACGGGGUCUGCGACAAGAUCGAAAAUUACAUAUCGGACCUGGGACAAUGGUCAGUGUGGAGAGCGAUAAUAUUGGGACAAUUUCUAUCUCUCGUGUUAUGCUUCAUGAGACUGGCGAAUCAUCACAUCAACACUGCGUAUCAGCUCGCGCUUCCGACCGGACAAAAUCUCCCGCAUUAUGUUAUGAUGUGUCUUGUGUACACAACCUGGAUGUCCUGCAAAGGGGUAGGAAAUGGCCUAAUUUCUGUCAUACGAGCCCGUGGAUGGAGGUACUUGCUACUGGCUUUCAUUGACGUCGAAGCGUGCACACUUGUAACAUCCUCGCAUCAAUUCACUAGCCUAGCCGGAAUACAGCUGCUCGAUUGUGUGGCCAUACCAGUUGCAUUGGCGCUAUCGUGUUUAGUUCUAGGGGUGAGAUAUCGGAUGGUACACAUAGUCGGCGUUUCUGUUUCUUUGAUGGGUGUAGGAUGCUUGGUUUGGGCAGGGAUUGAUGACAAUAAAGAUCCUGUGACUACAGGAAAGAAUCAUCUUGUUGGUGAUAUGCUGUGCCUUGGAGGCGCGGUAUUGUUUUCUAUAACAACCGUACUACAAGAAUUAACGGUUAAGACAGUCGAUAUUAUCGAAUAUCUCGGCAUGAUCGGUUUCUUCGGUACUAUAUUAUGCUGUAUACAAAUGGUCAUACUAGAGAGCUUAAAGUUAGAAUCAUUUCAAUGGAACAAUGUACCAGUAAUAACGUUCUUGAUAGUUUACUGCAUCACGCAAUUCGUCUUUUUCUCGUUGGUACCUGUUAUAUUGUUCGAGUCCGGUGCAACUGCGUUGCAACUAGCGUUACUCACCGCAGAUUCUUUCAACGUUUUAUCUGGCAUGCUGGUUCAUCAAUACAAGUUUCACGCAUUGUACUUCGUCUCGUACACGCUCACAAUGACAGGCAUAUAUAUCUACGCGAUAAAGAGAACACCAAUGUCGUCGAACUCGCGAAGACAACACACUGAACUCACUGCUCCAGAUUACAGAGACGUCAUUUUAAGACAUAUAUCUCAUCCCGACGUUGGAGAAGUGGAAAUGGCAACAAGUUCAGGGAUGUCUGGCGUGAGUGGUACCCUCGACGUUAGAACGUCGACCCUUGGCAGCGAAAAAGAAACUAUGGACGCGACAAGUAUACCGCCAAGCGUUAGUUCUGAUACAGCCUUCACCUCCUUUUACGGAAGUUAUUACGAUUAAGGGAAUCUGCAAGAAGACGCACAGAAAAUGUAGAGCCAACCGAACAACAUGUGUAGAUUCGCCGUGUGCGCGCUCUUGUUAAAGUUUUACACCAAGUUCGAAAUUAAUGAUCACAGAGGUGCAUUCUUUCGUUUUCUAUGAUGUGAUACAAUAUAAUAGUAAAUAGAUCUCCUCGAUAAAUAAGUUAAAUAAGUUAAAUAUACACAGUGUUCUGAUUAACGUCGUGGUUUUUUAAAGAACUUAACCAACAUAAAUAUCGAUUAGCCGCGUAUAAACGCGAUCUUCAUUGUUGAUUUGACUGUUUAUCGAAAUGUAAG